UAAAUAGCUUUGAUUGAUUCCUGUUAAGCCUUCUACUUUGGUGGGAAAGAGAAAGUCGCAUUGUCGGUGACUCCCUCGAAAGAAUCCAACGUUCAAUGUAGAAACGGGCAUCAAUUAUUGUGUCACUUUGUGAUAGAUGCUUUCGUUGACGAUACGAUUUUCGUAGGUGUCUUUGCCUGUCGCGUCCUAACUCUGCUGUAAUGUGAAUGUGUAAUGAGGUCUUCGAAGUCAGUAAAAGGUAGCGUCGUUGAUGCUGUGGUUCUGUUUAUCCUACCAGUUAGUUCAAAUCGGAUGUGUCUAGAUGCGGUGAAAACCUAGGUUACCUACUCUGUAGGCGUCUAGCUGAAAUGUCAAUAGGACAAAGAGUUAACCAGAGUCAAACGUCCCGCGCGCUCCCAGUUAGACAACAAUCCGAAUGAUCCUGGCAAAGGCACGACCUAAGGAUUUUUCCUUGGCCUAGCAGCACUACGUGAUAUCCAGCAGGUGAUCUAUAUGAAACACUGGCGUGGUAGCAAAAAAAAAGGACCCGCUAUGGAGAGCUUGAGUGUAGUUCUCAUCAUUGUUUUGGGCAUCUCCAUCGGAGUAGUCGGUGUACUGAUAGUGGUUGUGUUUGUUUGGCUACAGCGAAAGCACACCUUAACUAUUCCUGGAAGUCCUACAUUGAGUCCAAUCGCUUUCAGCACAGCAUCAUCCAAUAGAUCAGUUAUAGGACGUUGGGCCAGUGGUGGAGUUGACAGCCCAGAAGGCGGUGAACGCGAUAAUCGAACGUUUGAUCGAGAAGCUCUUCAACUGGCUACCACAAAGGCUUUACCGGCAGAGCCUCCGAACAAGGUAGGCGAAGGCCCAGAUAAUACCAGCAGACAUGCCCCUGACUCCGUGCAGAUGCUGAAUACAUAUGCACGGAAAAACCUGCCUUGUCUGCCAAGUAGCGGCAAUGGACUGAACGACGAUCUAAACAUUUAUAGUAAAGUACAUCAUGAACCCCUGCCAAAUCAAGCUGGUCACAGCGAACACGCCCCGGUUCGACAAGGUUAUCAAUAUGAUAAUAUUAGUCAACUGCAAAAUCAUGGCUAUGUCAGACCUGCAGACGUAUAUCCGCGCAUGUCGGUAAUAGUUUUACCCAGCGCUGACGCAACGCGAGCAGCAGACAGGAACUAUACGGCGUCCGUUACCUAUCGCGAUGCAGUACAGGCUACGAGUUUCAAGUAUGCCACUCCCGUCAAGGUAACGGUCCUUGAGGUUGACACAUUGCUCGCCAAGGACUCCAUGCGACAAUAUCAGGUUGAAGGGGAUAUAAGUGUGGCUUCACUCAGCUCGAUUGAGACACAAGAAUCAGACGUUUCAUUAGUCGUGGACAUAAAGGAUACUUCGCGGCCAACCAUUGGGCCCCCUAGAGAUCGGAGUUCUGAGGCUGCAAUGUUCAUCUGAGAAGUAGUUGCAGCUUCUCUAACAAAGUAUUUUCCAAUCCCUAACACGACCAUAUCAAAUAAUACCGGAAAAAUAAGCGCACUACAAGUGGCUCAAUUUGAGACCAAUCUAUCCGCGAUAAUGGACACAUAAUAUUAGGCAACCAACUAGCAUGUGUCGCUUCCGCCACUGUGGGUAGUAAACAUCGCCAAUUACCGAUAAGUAACUUUUAGGGUCGAAACCCAAUGAAAAGUAAGAUAUUUCUGUAUGCAGCCUCUGCUCAGGCGCACCGGGACGCAUCAACUGCCGAAUGGCUUUGGCUGUACGACUGGGCUUAACGGAUUCGAAAAAACGAGGCCUAAAUCUAGGCUGCUAGAAGCCGACAAGAAAGUAACAACUGUGUAUGAAGAAGCAUUGCAUACGUAAUACUAACUUAUAACAAAAAAAUUAUAUAUUUUUAAAUAUUCUAGUACACGCCUACGGCUUUGUACAUAUGUUUGGUGAUUGGUUAAAUGUGUUGAUCUGAAUCUAAAUAUAAAUGAUCAUUUCAUAGAUAAAGCUGUGAUGUUCAUUCAGUCUGUUCGAUGCUCCCUUUUUUCUUUUAUAACGAAAUGUAUAGAAGUUUCUUUUGCAGAAAACAUUGUUAUUAAUCUGACACGUUUGAAUUGCCAGUUGACGAGUACCCUUUUGUUUUGAUGAAUUGUUUAGCAUCUGUUAACCGAAAUUACCUUACAGAAAACUUCCAAAAAAAGGACUCAAUUCAAGGCGAGUGUACAAUAAAGUACGAAAAGAAUUCAUUUAAUGUUUGUUAGUGGUGUUGACUACCCCGUAACAGCGUCUACCAAACUAUAGUCUGGUCCGCCAAAGUUUCUGCCGGCUAACUUCUAAUUAAAGAGGUAACUAACGAAUUUUAAUUAUUGAUAACUUUUACUUAUUUUAGUUUUUAUUUACUUACUUAUUAGUUAUGACGAUAAAGUUGGAAGCUUGCUUGAAAGUGUUUUAGGUAACAUGUACAUAGAGGGAAACUCAUCUGCUUUUUUUUCUCGAUGUUGUCGAUUAGUAUAAGUAGUAGCGUCAUUCGUAUGACUUAUACUGGUCUGGAUAUAUAAUAAUAUAUUCAAUAUCUGUAUCAAUUUAUUCAAUUUUAUUUAUUAAUUCAAUGUAUUCAAUAUCUGGUAUAAUAUAUUCAAUAUCAGAAUUAUCGUUAAUCACGUUUUACCUUUGUAAAAAAGCAGCAGAUCAACAAUUGUUGUUAAUUUUACAACUCAAUUUCACUAUAUACUUAAGUUUCUCAUAAGUUAUAUUGCGUAGACAAGCUUACGUCCAUAGCAUAUAGCUGUUCACUAAACCUUGAAGUAAAUAGAAAUCCCUUUGCAAAAACCUUUCAAAUGCAGGUUUCUAUAUUUUUCACUAAGUUACUAAUGGGAUCUGAGGUUUUCUUCGAUUUUUCUGCAGGACAGGUUUUAGCUAUGUUGCAGUAAAAGGACUAUGAUGUGUUGACGUCAUCCUAAAAUGUGUACUACUUUAUUAUAACUAUUCUGUUUAUUAUAACUAAAAAAAAACGUGUUCAUUAGACCCUGCAGAGCGGUUAUUGGCUGUUAGAUGUUAUUAGUUCUGUUUUGUUCUUCUAUCUUUUUUUAUAGUUAAGUUGGAUUGGUAGGUUUAUAUGAUACAGAAAAGUUUAUCAGUUCAUGUUCUCUAAUCGUUCAUCAAAAUAUGGAUACGUACAUUAUGCUAUAAAGAAUUAGAUGCCUAUCACAAUGAUACAGAACAGAAUACAGCAGAGUCGUUAUUGGACCAAGAGUUAUUGAGUCACAUAGUAUUUUGUUGCAGGCUGUCUGCAAACUGCAUAAAACACGGUAGAAAAUUUACUUCGAGAGACUAUAAGCCGCCUAUGUAUGUAUGUACAUAUGUAUAUAUUGGAAAUCACUGCUGUACUCGAAAAACAGAACGCUACAAGCAUAAACUCCUAGUUGGGAUAAUCCUACAGAUCAGUAAUAUUCCUACUGAACAGAUAUAUCCUGUUCCCAUUUAAAGUUAAGGCGUUGUACCAAGAAACGGGUUUUAUUGCUCUUCCAGUCCGACUUUAGUGUACAUAAUCGAAAUUCGCAGGGCUAAAAAAUGAACGGGUAUCUCAGCGCACACGUUCGUUCUGCUUAGCGGACGAAUCAAAGCGAAUGGAGAAAAGAAACUAGUAUAACGUAUCCCUCGAACUGGUCUCGCCGCCGUCUGUUUUAAGAAUGCUAUUUUCUGAACGCUGCAACGCACCGACGCUAAUCUCAUCUGGAGACUCCGCGUGGGUAGAUUUGGACAUGGUGGCGCUAGCCGUUCGCCAUUUUGCUCUACUGUCGUAUCUCGUUUGCUGAUCACGGCUUCGCGACGCUGUAGGUGAUUCGUGAAUGAAUCACGGAACAGUAGCAGACAACCAAUCAAUGCCGUCGUCCGAUCGCUUGUGGACAGCGCUAAAUAAAGAAGUAUACGUCUUCAUGAAGUAGUGCUUCAGCGACUCCCUUUAUUUGGAUGACAGAUACCGACAAAGGCUUAAUCAGUAACGAACUGUCACCCGUAUAGAAUGGAGACUGAGCGUGUUGAAACGCGAGACAAUUUGAGUUGGUUAGAAUGCUUAAUAAAUGAAAAGGACCGAUAGGGCCAUUGGGCGCUAAAGGGAUUUUAGUCUCUAAAACCUGAAAUGUAUAGAGAAAGAACUGAAUAUAUAUUUUGUAACAAAUAUGUGUUAGUGUGAAAAUUUUAAGUCCGAUGACUAAGAACAAGUGGUAGUAAUAGGGCAAAUAAUGGAGAAUUUCAACACGUUUGAUUUCUGGGAACUUCCCCGCAUUUGAGGUUAGAAGCUUUCGUUUGAUUUCCCCAAAACGCCAACGGCGUUAGUGAAAUACUCCAAUAAGCUUCAGUUGUAGAAGUAGUAACUUAUCAUUCUUGUUGACGUAAUCGAACAUCUUGGCAGAAUUCGAAAGAUAAUCAUCUUCUAUCAUAACGAUGUCAAAGCAAAUGCGCCGAAAAGUGGCCGUCUGCAAUAGCAUACACGGGAUAUUGCCAAGAAAGGCUGGUACACGUUUUCGAAAAUAUUAUAUGCUUUCAGUUUAUGAGGUUUGCUUCAAUAAGUGGAACUCUCAGUAGCAAACAUAGUUAAAAUAGUUCUGUAAAUGAGACUUUUUGAUUUUUUUUAUAUCAAAUUUGCUAGGUCGAAGCGGCCAAGGGGCGGACCUUUCUAAGCCAAUGGAAUGAUCUUCAGUUCCUGUGCUCAAAUAGACAGGAGCAGUAAUAUCGACAUGUGUUGAAUCGUCUCACUGAUUCAGGCCUAUUUUGUGGAUCUGAUCGCUACGAUUACCGGUCGUGCUUUUAUGUUUUAAUUGUGAUAGCAACUAUUAGCCUAGCUAAAAAUACACUAUUUUUCUUUUUCAUUAUGUCAAGGUACGCGAGUGUGUAAAAAAAAUGUGUUACAUUACCGUCUUGUAUGGCUAAAGUUUGUUUCAGCGUUUGCGGGAUCGAUUGGCGCUUGGCUAAUACCGAAUGGAGUAGAAAGAUCCUAACUUUGUGCAGACAGAUACUUCUAGGCUUCUGGUUAUAUUGACAUUUUUAAGCAGUUUUAUCUAGACAUCGAGCGCCAAACUCGCUGAUGAUUUGCCGUAUGAUAAUAUUUCGUUGUUGAAAUACCAACAAAGAUGGAAUGAUUGUCAUUAGGCUUAAUGGCUCAAAGUUAGUUCAACUUGAAAUUGUUAAAUCCCAGAAUAUAGAUGAUUCUAUCUGCCCUGAGUCGGAUUUCAAAGCAGCACAGUGUCUCGGAAGGAAUUUCAUUAUGAAACUACCUUUGUAGAGUAAGGCUGUUGUAAUGCUGAUUCCGUUAGUGUGAUUAGUAUAUUCAUCACGGUGAACUUUUUACUAAAGGCUCCUCAGUAAGUUACAAAAAGUGAAUCCUUGUUUCUUCCUAGUAGUGAGCAAAAUUGUUUUUGAGUUGUUCCAUGAUCUAACGCUCUCAUGCGGAUUUGUGUCUCCUAUUAGAAGUUUACUCCAAAAAUUUAAGUUCUAGUGGUAGGGAUCUGCCUUGCACGUCGGCAUUAAGUGGGAGACUCGAGCCGAAGAUCAACGUCGACGUACCAAGUGAUUGACGCGAACAAGCGGCGGUACAUAUCACUUUUAGAAUAUUAUUUGCACGCUUGGACUCCAACUAGGAACAGAAAAGAACGUCUAGAGGAAGGUCAUGACAUUGGGCUGGUACUUGGGCUCGGGCUAGACAGGGACGGCAAAAAUCACAUCUAACUUCUUCGACUCGAGGAGCCUUUUGCAUUAUUUAUACGAUGAUACCUUUAGGAAAGAUACACUGGCGCAUAGUAAAGCAAGUCCGUCUGGCCACCAACUAACCGAUGUAUUACAGCGAUAGCGGCUUACUUCAUGCGUAUUCAAUGAAAACUAUAAGACAGUCUGGAUGCGGCAUAAAGCGGGGUGUCCCUUUAGUCAUCCGUGAAUAACGCCAUCUCGUUUAAACAACCAUAUUAUACUUCAUCGUACUGGACUAUGGCGACUAACUAUAUCGUGUGUUUUGUGUAGCCAACCAACAGUCAACCGCAAAUUGCUUAUUAUCGUCCACCCAGUUUAAUCAUAACAAAAUUACUUAAUAAACACAAUAAUGGGCUCUCGGGGAUCUUCUAUCUGGAACCCUGAAACGCUGAUCCACUUAUUAGUGAUACAUUGUAUUUAAUUACUGACAAGCGGAAUUGUAAUUGAUCAUCUACGCUACUUAUCCCACGCAUUUUAUAAAUUCGGUUCGAGUUUCUGCCGUUAUACCCGAGUCCCACGUGGAUAUACCUUUCUAAUUUACAUUAUCAUUGUUUUCGUGAUAAGUCAAGUACUAGCUAUUCUACUACGUAAAAAAUACGCUAGACCAUAGUCUAGUUUCAGAGCCAGAACGUAGUAGUCCGGCUUUUUGCUUAUUCGAUGUAACUAAUCGAAGGUUUACCAAAUGAAGUACAAUAAGGUAGAACUCAACGACGACUUCUCGGCCGUUACAAACGUAAAAGAAUCGUUUGUAUCGUAUAAUAUGUUUUUCACGUGCAUAUAGUUGCUUGUUGAUUAGGUCUAGAACGUCGAACGCCUUAUACUUGAACGUAUCUUGCUUUACGUAUUACGGUUUUUAGAGUGCAGAAACAAGAGCCUCAUAAUUUACGAAUCUUCAAAGAUGGCUGUUCAGGUUUCUCUAUUUUUACUUACUAAAGGUCGUGCCACGCAAAUAACACUAAUCAAGGUAGUACGAUGCUCAAUGGAUAAUACGAUUCCAUUGUAGUAGAGCGAAACGUUGAUGAACGCUAACGUGAUAUUGGCAUUAUUUCGCGUACGUCUGAAAACAAACGAAAACGGACACAAAACUGUAAUAAAGAAUGCUUUGGGUAGGCAGACGUAAUCUCAAUAAGAAAGCUGAUCUGUGACGACGUAUGAACGAAACGAUUUAGCUAGCUAAAAACCAACGUCUUUGCCUAAAAUCCAAAGAGUGUCAUCGAGCAUUCCUGCGAAUAAGGUCACAGCGGAACUGGACUAUUUUUUUUUUUCUCUAUCUCACUAUCUUUUUGGAUGGUUAAAAAUUAAUCUUUAAUUGAAGUAUACCAGAAGCUCUAACGUUUUGGGCCAUAAAGCAACGUGCGGUCCUGACCAUGAAGCAUUAGCCGAUCUGAUAUCCGACAGUUAUAUUCAAUAGUAAUUGGAAUCACCAACUAAAUAAAUGUUCGUCAUUUGGAUUAGGUGCAUACAUGCUCCAUACGGCGUUGGGUAUGCUCUGGCAUCGAUGCUUGAGUCCGGCAGAAUGAAACGAUCAGGCCAACGUAUGAUACGUUAGCUCGCCGCAGUAAUGAUUACCGGUAUGAAACAGUCGCUCGUGGCGAGAGGGUACUAUAAACAAAGGUCUUAAUUUGAUAUAAUACAUUGAAGUGUCAUGGUUAAAAGUGAGAUGCGAUUUGAAUAGCUGACGUGAGCAGACUGCGACGUCAAGUUUCUCUACAUAACGGCAGACGUGCCCGGUAAUGGAGGAUGUCCUUUGACAUUAUAGGGUAUGAAUUUAUCAACGAGCGUUUGUCACGACACUGUUUUUCGUUAUGUGUUAUCAUAGCCCAUAGCCGACAAUGUAAAUCCAGCGUAUAAAUGGGGUACUAUGCCAAUUUAAGCAGGACUUAUCACGAAGUCAGUUUUCCUUCGUCCUGCAACCAAGUAUACAGCCAUAUAAUCCUUUGUAACUGAAAAAUAAAGUGGAAACUGUUGGUACAGAUAUGAACCAUGGAACCGAAAGUACAAUUUCAUCGGUUCGAUCGUCUCGCGGCGAUCCCGCCCUCAUAAAUGGCCUGCGUUGUGAAAGACGAAGAUCGUGUACGCUCGUUGACUUGAAUAUCUCCAUUGAAUUUUGGUUCACUCGACGUUUCCUAAACUUAAAAAGACUCAUUUUUCCAUGUUCGUUACUUCGUAAAACAUGUGUUUUGACACUGUAACCGCUAUAUAUCAGGUUCCUACAGUACAAAAGACUCGAGUCAUUUGACAACUGUUUGUGACGGAUUGUCAAUCCGUUACAUUCAUUGAAAAAUUUACCAAAAUAGACAAAUUAAUCUAGUUCUAGUAUUAGCACGAAGUAUGAUUAACGUAAAAUUGUAACUUAUUAGUCAGCGUUUGGUCUCAUGCAUGCUAUUACUAUAGGCUAACUAGAUCGAGCAGGUGAUCUGAGCACAAAAUAACUUUCUCUCGGAUUUUAACACUCAAUCUGGCCGUCGUUGGCGGGUUUUAGUUACCUACGUAUAUAUAUAAAGUUCAAAUUCAUCAAACGGUGAACUUUGUUUCAGCUCUUCCUAUCAUAGCGCUGCUAUCGAUGGUGUUCGACUAUACGUAAUUAUAGACGCAUCUGGGUAGCCAAAACAUAGUCAUGUAUGUAUUUCGUACUUGCAACAACGAAGAGCACCUGUUUCAAAAGUAAAGCAAAGUAAAAUUAACAUAAUGAAACUAGGUUCGUAACAACAAUCUACAAGUUGUCUACUAGGAAAAAGUGAGAACGGAACUACAUGAAAACCCUAGUAGCCCAGCCCAACUCAACCAGAAGCACGCGUUUAGACCCGUUAGGUUAUUUUCCGUCGAAGAUUUGAGCAUUUGAUGAAUUUUGAACGUUCGAUGUAAAAACGCAAAUGUCUGUGACAUGUACGUAGUCUAUACUGUUCGGUUUCUUUUGAGGAGAGAAUGAUCGUCGUCUAUCGUUACGCAAGCAUACGGAGACCCGGCUCCCACCGAAAUGUUCUGCAAAUCCUUGAAAAAUCUACUGAAAUUUGGAGAAAGCUUCCCUAGACAAUAUCAGUUUUCUGCUUCGCUAAUCUGUUCGAGAACGCGCCGGCCAGCCUUUCCACGCCUGAAAGCAUUUUUUCAUCGUCACUGGUUUUCGAGUCGUCACACGCUGCAUCGACAAUCACAGACGAGAGACGCCCUGAGCCAGUUCUCAUCCAGAUUGAACUACAAACUACAAUGUAAAAAUCCCUUUGACAGAUCUGAUACACAACAAUUUUACGUGCAAUACCGGGGCAUGUAAAGCUCACAACUGCCGCAUCAACGUGCUUUACAACGGCCACCAACACCACGUAGUCAUUUCAUUCGGAUUAAGCGCGGUACCAGCAACCAUUGCGCUGAAAAACUAUACAACCGUUAAGUGCCUCCUACCGUACAGCUCAUGUGUAGAGCUCCCUAGAAGAUAUGUUAAAGCAGUUAAUAAAAAGUGUAUUUAGUUUAGGAAAGUAAAACCCGUCAUUUACCGUACAGACGCCUGAAAAGAGAAGCCGAGUAACGAGCUCGAACUCGUAAGCGAACUUCCAUGCUUUAAUGUACCACUGUCAUGGAUUCGCAACACUGCCGCUCACCUACUUGGCUUAUCUCGUAGACAUCUACAGCAAAAAAAAAAAACCUCCAACAUGUUGUUACAGUAUUUCGCCCGCCAUCCUUACACAUAUUUUUUAAUAUUUCGAUUCACAUUAUUUCCUACGUGCUCGAUAAUGUAAAAGGCAUAUAUUGUGCUCCUUAGUGUCGCUUUUUCCGAGGCCAAUUUCAGGGCACUCUCGCUU